CCUGCUUCUAGCUGUAGUGGGACGAAAAGCGCAAUGUCUGCCUCAACCUUUCGACAAUAUUACCUCCCUGAAAAGAAAGGAUUCGACUCCCUCGUCCUCCGCGAAGUCCCCAAAGAACCCCCUAAAUUCGGCCAGAUCCUCGUGCGCAUCAAGGCCGUCUCCCUAAACUGGAGAGAUGGUAUCCUCGCCUUAGGCACGUACCCCUUCCCUGGACCAGACUCCCUUGUCCCUGGAAGUGACGGCGCCGGAGUGAUCGAAGCAAUCGGCGAAGGCGUAACGGAAUGGCACAUCGGCGACCGCGUCCUCGCGAACUUCACCCAAGACCACAUCGCAGGCCGUCUCGACCAACGAACCCUACUGACCCAACUCGGCGGCGAAAUCCACGGCCUCCUCGGCGAGUACUUCAUCUUCCCGAAGACCGGCGUCGUACGGAUCCCGGACUACCUCUCCUUCGAAGAAGCGUCAUGUCUACCCUGCGCGGCCCUGACGGCCUGGAACGCCCUCUACGGCCUCCUCCCGAUCCGACCGGGCCAGACAGUCCUGCUGCAAGGCACAGGCGGCGUAGCUACAUUCGGGCUGCAGAUCGCGCACGCGGCCGGCGCAACAACGAUCGUGACGUCGUCGUCGGACGAGAAGCUGGCGAAAGCGAAGACGCUGGGCGCCACGCACGGGAUCAAUUACCGGAGUACGCCGGACUGGGCGGUGGAGGCGAGGAGAAUAACCAAUGGACGGGGCGUCGAUCAUAUUGUCGAGGUCGGGGGAACGUUGACGCUGCAGGCGUCGUUUGAUGCGAUCGCGUUGAAUGGGCAGAUCCACUGUAUUGGGCAUAUUACGAAUCCGGAUCCGUUGGGGGAGGGGAGGAAUCUAAGGGGUCCGGACGCGGCGUUCCUGGCGCUGGAUCGGUUGUGUAUUGUUCGGGGGGUGGUGAUGGGCUCGAGAGAGCAGUUGCUGGACAUGCUGGCUUGUUUUGAGGCGAAUGGGAUCCGGCCGGUGAUUGAUCGGGUGUUUGGGUUUGAGGAGACGAGGGAUGCGUAUGAUUAUUUGUGGAGCUCGGCACAUACUGGGAAGGUGGUGAUUCGGAUUGACUAGGACUAUGAUUGGGAGAAGCAGCAGAG